UCGGCAUAAAAGAAAAACAACACCAGAAGUCAAAAAAUCCUCAAAUUACGGAGACAACAAGAGCUUAGCUAGUAGCAACUAGCUCAAAGCUAAAAACAGAAAGCUUUGAGAGUGAUGUAUAUAUAAUGAUAUACUUCUCGAAUCAUUAACUCAGCUGGCAUCCACCAAACAUGACCCGAUCAACCACACCCUCUAGAAAGGACUUCGUCCCAACUCCCUAGAGAUAGAUAUAUAGAUAUAUCCCUCUCCUAUAUUUCAAUCAUUUAUACACACUAUUCGAACCCAUGCACAUCGACCACUCUGCUCGAGUUGGAGUUUCAUAACUGUAGUGGUUAAAAAAUUUGUCUUUGAUCUCGUUACUUGGAAGUUUUUAGGAUGAGUUAUUUUAGAAGUUGCUUGACCGCUCUCCGGCGGAGCACGUCUAGUGGAUGCAAGAGCUUCCGAAAGAAGAGAAAAAUGUCUUCCAACUCUGAUGCACCGUCGACUACUGCAUCGUCGUUUGCGGCCAUGGAAGUGUCAAAUCAGUUCAAGCUAGUGUUUGAGGUGAUAGACGCAAACGGGGACGGGAAGAUAUCUCCGGUGGAGCUCAGUGAAGUUCUCUGCUGCCUCGGGUACAAGAACAAGUCCGCGGCGGUGAAAGAAGCCGAAGGAAUGGUGAGAGAGAUGGACUGCAAUGGAGACGGGUUCAUUGACUUGGAUGAGUUCAUGAAUGCUGUGAAUGUUAAUGAUACGAAGAGUAAUGGCUGUGAUGAUCUCAUGGAUGCUUUUCUCAUAUUUGAUACUGAUAAGAACGGAAAGAUUUCAGCCAAGGAGUUGAGGAGGGUGCUAGUUAGCCUUGGAUGUGAAAAAAGCAGUCUCAAAGAGUGUAAGCAAAUGAUCAAAGGGGUUGAUAAGAAUGGAGAUGGGGUGGUGGAUUUUGAAGAAUUUAGGUUGAUGAUGACAAAAAAUGUUUAAGUCGAUCAAAGAUCAUGUUGAACUUUUAGGUUUUUCUUCAUCAGUUCUACUUUGCAAUCAUGUAUUUGCAAUAGUUUGUAUGAAGAAAAAAGGGUUGAUUGAUUGUGUUAGAGAUGUCUUAAAGUUUAGAAGAAACUUUGGAAUAUACCGCCACUAACAAUGUAGUCUCGCUUUCUCCCUUUUUCACUCAUUGAUUUCUUGGAUUCGUCUCUUUCUUGUUUGACAGAAUUGUCCAAAUGGGUCCUCAAUGUUUUGUCCAAACACCAGGGAUUAGUUCUGAUCGGAUAGGUUUCUUCUUAUCUUGUGUGAUGUUUGCAAGAAAAGAAACAAAAAUGCGAUAUAUGUGGCAGUCUUAUUCUCAUGAUAAGGAACACAUGGAAGGCUGUGGGAGUCCAUUCGCAUGGCACUUCAAACUAUAAGCAUACAUGGCUUCAAUUAAUUACCAUGUCAUCCACAGUUUGUUUGGAUCUGUUCGAGGGGGUGGACUCGGUGUGAUCGGUUUGAGGGGUGAGUUUUAGACUGAAUGAAAAAAUUGCUCCA